AUGAAGCAGACAGCUUGUUUACUGGGACCAGUAUCUUGAAGUUGUCAUCCGUUGUUUGUACUAUUUAAGAAGGGUCCCCAUAAACCGCCUUCGACACUCCGAUCGUCGCCUCCCUAGCCUCACCUGCGUGACCGACCGCCGCGAACCCGUUUCCCCUCCCCUCCCUUCUGAGGUGCCCGCCGUCAGCCCCAGCAGACCAUUACCAGAGCGUACAACCUUCACUUCAGUUUCUGUCUCCCCGUUAGCCGGUCGACUUGAUAACACUUGCAAAUCCUUCUGCAAACUCAAUGCAGCGCUUCAUCCCUCACUUCACUCGCGACAGGUGAUAGUCACUCCUCUCUCGCGGCUAGAUGGAGCUCUAUGGCGUCCGGAUAUAACUCAGGAUUCUCCGCGACUUCAGUCCAGCACCGUGCUCUGGGUGAUGGACCCUCAUACUCGAGUCUGGAGGAUGGCUCCGCGGACGGGAGCUGGGCUGAGGCCGCCUCCGCGAGACCUGGGAGAAAUGCUCGCUCUGAAUCCGGAGGGAGUGCGACCAUUGGCGUCCGGGGAGGUUCGUUAACCACCUCGGUCGGAGCCCCUGGAAGCUUCAGCUCCGAAUUGAAGAGUAUGAAAUCAUCGCGGAGCACUACUCCUCGUCAGGAGGGAGCACUGAAUCGUCGGCCGAGCAGCUUCCUUGACCAUGACGAGAUGCCAACAACGGAGGAGCGCCAGGCCGUUAUCCGAGACAAGAUCGCCAAGGAGAUGAAGAUCAAAACGGGGACAGAGAAUAUGCUGGAGGCGCUACUCGCGAAAAACCCGAAGCACACCAAAGAUCAGAGGUUAAGAGUCGAGUCGGAGCUGAGUUCGUCCAAUCGCAAACUCGCAGAGCUUCACCAUGAGCUUGAGGAGGAGAUGCUACGUGCGCAGGCGCCGUCUACCCCGCCUCGAAGUCGCCUGUCGACCCUUUUUCAAAGCAGCUCCAUGCGUUCGCCAACUCGCAACAAUCCAACGAUUGAGGAAGCUCAGCUCCAAGAGGGAGAAGCAGAAAUGGAGUCGCCAACAUAUGUUCUUGCAGAAACUUUACAGGCCUUGGAAAUAGAAGGGAUGCCCCCGGACUAUUACGUCGAACGCGCGAAUAGUCUUGUGGAGCUGUUCAAGAGACACCCUACCCUGAAGUACGACCUGGAGUGGUCCGUGUUUGGUUUGCGCGUGCAAAUAAUGCUUCUGAGCGAUAACAAAGAGGCGGUGGCGGCUGGUUAUCGAUUAACACGCUACGCUAUAGCAGACCGGAAGUCCCUGCAGAUUAUCCGAUCGUUCCAUACGGACGAACUGGUGAUCCUGUCCCUAGUCAAGGAAAGCAAAGCAAGCAUUGAACGGGAGCAAGCCUUGAAGUUUGUCAGGGCUUUCUUGGAUGUUAAGGACGGUGUGCGCGAGAUUUCGCGUGCCGUAGUCAGGACUAUCGUUUCCGUCGCAGAGCAUUAUGAGGAUCGUCUUCGGAAUAUCUCUAUUAUGACCCUGGCAGAGAUUUUGGUAAAAGAUCCCGAGCUGAUUGCGUAUGCCGGCGGAUUUGCUACUCUUCACGACGCUCUAGCAGAAGGAACGUUUGGCGCUUCAGAAAGCCUGGUAGCAAGCUUCCUUCAUGUUCUUGAUACCCCCCACAGCAGGAAGCACCUUCGAGGAGGAUGUGAGCUAGAGGCUGUUCUUGCGCCAUUUACCGACUCCUUAUCAGACUCGGUCCGCAAUGGGCGCCUGAAGUCCUCAGCUAGAGCCAUUUCGGCAAUGUUGAAGACAUGGCCAGGUUUGAUAGUGCUUGCAAGGAACGGAGCCAAGCCUCUGCAAUCGCUACUCGACUCCUUACACUAUCCGGACCCGCAAGCAAGAGACCUGAUUAUGGAGCUUCUGUUUGACGCAUUAAGAAUCAAGCCACCAUCAUGGUCGUCAUCAUUCCUAGCUGGUCGAAGGCUUACGACCUAUGGAAGAGUGGCCAAUCUCAGAACAGAAUCGGACACGAAACAAAUCCAAGCAUUCUACAACGACGAUGGCAGUAGAUUCGAUUUAACAGCGCACUUCUCAACAUUGAUUUUGGCCACGCUUGUCGAGGCAGGACUGUCGAAGGCACUCUCAGACCUCAUUGAGGAUGAAACAGACUUGCAUCUUAGGCGUAAGGCAACACUACUUCUGACCGAGGUAUUGAAGCUAGCGCAUCAUUCAUUGCCCCAACACAUCAGUGCGAAGCUCCAAGUUCUUCCUCACCUGCUUCCAGCCGCUAUUAAAUAUGAUGUCGAAAACCAUGAUGUCUCGACUUCCACGAUCUAUCAGAUCGACAGCAUAAACCGAACAUUAGCCCGCUCCGUGGGCAGCGUCCCGAAUGGUGCGGGGCGUUACAACGUCGAUGUGGAUAUUUCUGCCUCGCUUCUCUCCGCUGAUCAAGGCAAGGAAAAAAUGAGUCCUUCCAUGGAUGAAACGCAAUUUCGAAAUGCUAUUUUGGAGACAAACGUCUUGAACACUGUCAAUUACCUCAAAUGGAAGUGGGACUUGAUCCAUCGUAUUGUCGAAGGGCCUCUGACCAACCCCAAGCGGCUGGAGGAGGCUAUCAAAGGCUCCAAAUUCAUGAAACGACUCAUCGGCUUUUACCGACCCUUCAAGUAUAGGUUCUCCAUGCUACCGAACACAAAGCCAAACCAGCGUUAUGUCCGCACGGGGUGUGCCCUAAUGCGGACACUGGUACAACUCCCGGAAGGGACGAAGUACCUAGCCGAGAACAAAUUUUUGAGGCAAGUUGCUGAGUGUCUUGCUCAAGUGGAUCGCAUGAGUGGACUCACUUCGUCGUCUCCCCUUUUCUCCAAGGAGCAAAUGGCUAGUACAUUGAGCGGAGGGUAUUUCGCUAUCCUUGGAACGUUGAGUGGCGAUGCCAACGGGCUCGCCAUGAUGGAACGAUGGCAUAUGCUAAACAUGUUCUACCAUAUUGUUGAACUACGGGAUCGAGAUGAUCUGAUCCAAACCCUUCUCGGCAAUAUGGACUAUAUCCGAGAAAGUCACCUCAGGGUUAUUUUGUCCAAAGCACUUACCACAAGCUCAAAGGAAAUUCGCAUUUUUGCCACACGACUUCUACGAAAAUAUGCUGUGGGGAGUGUAUCUCUCUCCACUCAGGCGCCCACGGGCAAGGAUGCGGACUGGGUGGUAAAGCUACUGGUGACCCAGCUUUAUGACCCCGAUGUGUCUGUGUGUCAAGUGGCAGUGAAGAUCCUUGAGGAGGCAUGUAAUCAACGUCACUAUCUAGAGUAUGUGGUCAAAUGCCGACCAUCCUUGGAUCAUUUGGGGGAGAUUGGGGCGCCGUUGCUCCUACGGUUCUUGUCGACAUCAGUUGGCUACCAUUACCUUGAUGGACUGGACUACAUUACUCAGGAGAUGGAUGAUUGGUUUCUGGGUCGAAAUGAUGCCUAUGUGGGACUUGUUGAGGCAGCCCUUUCACGCGCCUAUGUUGAUCAGCCACGAAGGAGUAGUUUCGUCCCUGAAGAUCUGGUUGAUCUCCAAGACAUUGGACUGGUGCCGCCACAUUUCUACAGAGAACUUGCCCGAACCUCGGAAGGAUGCAAGCUGCUAGAGCAUUCUGGUCAUUUCAAUGAGUUUGCUUGGACAAUUCGAGAUUUUCAGCUGGACGAAGAAGACACCGAGGCUCUUCUCAAAGUCAAAGGCUGCCUCUGGGCUGUGGGUAACGUCGGCUCGAUGGAGUUGGGUGCGCCAUUUCUUGAGUCAGACAUCGUCGAGCAUAUUGUGAAGAUCGCCGAAAGUGCGGAGGUCUUGACUAUGAGAGGGACGGCUUUCUUUGUUCUAGGGCUGAUCUCACGCAGCCGCCAUGGUCUCAAGGUGCUCAGAGACUUCGGAUGGGAUUCUGCUCUUGAUCACAAGGGGAACUCGUUGGGCCUCAGCCUCCCAACUGACUUCAAUAAGCUCUUCUUGGUCGAUUUUCCGUCGCAUUCUAGGAGCCGUGAGGCCAAGCGCACGUCUCAAGAGAAGUUCAAGGAAGCCACUCUCGACCCGGACCCCGCCAAUCAGAAGAUCUUGAAGCUCAUAGUAGAUAUGGGAAACACGGUCUUGUCGAAGAGAGCAGCGAGCGACCUUCAUAAUAUUAAGUCGAAGCAGCCAGACCGAUUUCACCAGCCUCACCUCUUCCGCAAGACCCUCAAUAUUCUCGAAAGCCAUCACUUCCGCUUGCCUGCUCGCCGCUUUGCGCUCGACUUGUUCGAUAAAAGCGUCAUGCGGCGCAUCGUUACUGACGAUGACUCGGAUACUGACUCCGAUACUACCUCAUCCCAAGUAUCCGGAUGAUUGCUCAGGAUGAUUGCUCAAACUCUCAAGGCGGCUUGGUAUGAUUUCUCGCUUGUAUAUGCAUGCUGGCCCCUACAAGCAGGUCGGAGCAGCAUAAUUCUCGGGUUUGCCCAUAACUUCAUGUACUCGACCCUUUUUCUAUCUGUCUCAUUUCCCUGUUAUCACUUUGGCCUUAGCGUUGGAUGGUCCAGUCACGAGCAAUGAAAGGAUGUUAGCAUAUCAUAUUUUUGCUCUUUUCUACCUGAUUACCCCGGCAGUUUUUUUCCAAGUUGGUGCAUUCCAUCCUCUGCGACGCCGAUGACACCAAAUGUCCACGAUGAGCUCAGAAGCUUGGUCACAAAGCAAUGCUUAUCUCUCAUGAUGAAAGUCCUGUCUUAUGGCAAAUGUAUGUAC